GUGUGAAUAAAAUCUCCCGACCCGUCGUGGCUGGCAGUGGAGCCUAAAACAAGGGAACAAUAAAGAUUGUUGUUUUCCGUGUUCUUCAGCAGAGCUCGUAGCGAUGACAGUGAGCCCAGCUAAAGGUUUUCCAUCAUUCAUUUCCCAGGAGCAGAUGAUUGUCAUCUAAUAAACGUGCAGCCGGAACUUGCCUAUCUGAUUUGUAGUUGUCUCAGAGAGGGUAAGCGGAAACACCUCCAACUCUGAAAGACCAGGCUACCCUAAAAAAGUGAGUUUUAGAGGUCAAAAACAUGUCAAAUCCUGAUUUGAAGAGGCUCGAGAUUUUCUACAACCUCCUGAACAGUUGUAGUUUGGGUGCAUUUUGCAACAACUCUCUGCUGUCAUUUCACAAUUCAAACAAUGAGAGUGGGAUGGAGAGUCCGGAUGAUGGAACGCUGAGAGUGUUCAUCUCUGUGGUCUACUUCAUUGUGGCUACAAUUGGAGUGUUGGGCAACUUGCUGGUCAUGUUCCUACUUUAUUCAACUCACACCAUCACCACAGGCACCAUCAACUUCUUUGUUUUCAACCUAGCUUUGGCCGACCUGUUGUUUUCUCUUGCCUUACCCUUUUGGGCGGUGGACAUUGCUCUGGACUACAGUUGGCCUUUUGGCUUAGCCACAUGUAAGGCUGUGUCAUUGCUAACUGGACUGAAUGUCUUUGCAAGUUGCUUUUUCCUGACAGCUAUGAGUCUGACACGCUACUGCUAUGUGGCAACAGCUCUCAAACCUGGAUCAUCCCUGUGCAACAGAUCUUGCACCUUCCCGGUAACCACAGCUAUCAUUUGGGUAGGGGCUCUCGUCGUGGCGGUACCCAGGGCUGUGUUCGCAGACCUCAGCCGUGUGGGCAGUGGAAAUGACGCAGCAUGCUUGCUCCGCUUCCCAGAAGGCACGGCUUGGCUCGGCAUAAACCAACUCCUGCGAGUGGUUCUGGGAUUUCUGCUACCCUACACCAUCAUCAUCCUCUCCUACUUGCUCUUGCUGCGAUUCCUCUGCAGGCACAAACUGAAAGGCAGCAGCAACACUCGGCGAAAAGCUGACAUCUCAAAAUCUGUGGCUGUGGUGGUGCUGUCCUUCUGUGCCUGCUGGUUUCCCUACAAUAUCCUCACUCUCUGGAGCGUCCUGAUACAGCUUGACAUCAUCGAUAUGAGCAAAUCAUUCUACACUGCUCAGACAUACUUCUUCCCUUUGGCCAACUGUUUAGCUUUCACCAGCAGUUGUUUCAACCCUGUCAUCUAUUGUCUGGUCAGGAAGGAAUACCGCACAGCUCUGCAUAAUGUUUUCUUCAAGCUGAGUUUGGCCAUCAUGUCCAAGAUGCCCUAUGCGCUUAACUCCGAGGAGGGUUUAGGGCAAGGCAGUCAGCUCGGUAUUCCUCUCUGCAACGUCUACAGCCAGACGUGCCAAACUGACUCAAGGGGCUACACACCGCUGACAGCACUUCCAGCUGGAACAUCACCGCUGUAAAGUCUCAACACAAAGAUUCCUCAGUCUUUUUCUGCGAUAGUGUGUAUUGCUUGUGUUCUGUGGGGACAUUAGGAGCAGAUAGUAUCUUGCCUGCAGCCGCAGUCUGAGACAGAGCCGCACAAUUUUGAAAAGCAUUGUGAAGUGCACAAUUCAGAGACUGAGGUCCAGACAAAAGUCAGGGAGCAAAAACAAUCUUUAAUACAUCUGCAGACGGAGAGCAAGAAAUACACUGCAUUAGGCACAAAUUAGGAUCCGCUCUGAGGAACUCAGAGUUGCAUAGUUACUUUAUUCAUCUCUCUUUACUACCGAGGUGGAGACUCAGUCUUCUAAGACCAAACAAAAGAAACAAAGGAAAACAUACGAAACCUUGUAUGCUCAUUCACUGUAGUGUUUACGGGAUGUGAAAACUAAACACUUUAUCUCCAUGCAGGGAAGGCCACGGGAGAAACAACAUGUUCCCAGGGUUCAGCGACCCUGGGAAACUUACUUCAGUAGACACAUCUUGGUUCAUUAGUUUGCACAGCUUUUCCAGCUGCACAGGAAAACACCUUGACUGAGAUACAAAAAACGUUAGAUUUAUAUGAAACAUAAAGGAACAUCAUUUAAUACGAAUAACCCUUCUUCACAGCAUCAAUUGCAAUUAUUUUUGAGAAUGCACCAAGAUCAGUUUUGCUAAAUAAGCAUUAUCCUCAAACUUCUGUUUCUCACUUGUUUUUAUGAUGAUUCCAUCAGUCCAUGUCCUAUCAGGGUUGAGCACUGACUGUCUAUGGUUGAAGUGGUGCAGGGCAGAAAAACACAGACAGGAAGUCACCAGAAGUAACCUUCUGCUCCUACCACACACCACACUUUACUACCCAAUAGGGUGAAAUGCAAAGUUAUACAUGCGACAGACUGGUGACCUGUCCAGGAUGACCCAGAACGUUCGCUGGAGAUUGGCGCCAGCACCACUCCUGACUCCACUAGGGACAAGGGCAUAGAAGGGUAUAGAAUAACCACUAUUAGUAAUACUAGCCAAUGAAAAUAAUGCAUGUUUUUGUUUAUGUAUUCAAAAACAUGUCUUGUCUUGAACUGAGACUGUUCAGCUACCUGCAGCAGGUAAGAUACUGAAUGCUCCAUAUGAACUCCAAAAAGCCUCCCUUAAAGAAAUUCAUGCUGUUCUUUUAAGACUUCUGACUGCAUGUUGUACUGUUUAACAUUUAACUGUUCCUCCUAAUGGUCAGUAGUGUCAAUAUGAGAAUGUCAAUGUUGAUGCAGGUGCUUCUGCAUAAAAAAAUGAAAUGUUUUGACAUUUUUCAAAGUUGCAUAUGCUAAAAUAUUACCUAAAGAGAUUGUGCCAGCAUCUUUUCUUUUCUUCUUCUUUGUUAUUUGAUUUAAAAGAAUAAACAAUAUUUUGUAGUUGUUCUUGAUAACGUUUGUGGAAAAAAAAUCUUUCCCCUUUUGUAUU